AUGAUAAAAGAAUACCCAGAAACACUGCGACAAGAGUUUCGUCUUGGAAUACACAAAGAAAUGAUCCAAUUAAUCAAGAUGUACAAUGAAAAUCGUAUGGAUACGAUUUUGAACUUUUCGACAAAUAUACUCUCUUUCAUUAUUCUAAGUAUUUAUUCUAUUCUAGGCAAUAACGAACUUAUUAUUCUGAAUUCUUGGGUUCAAGAAUUCCUAUAUAACUUAAGCGACACACUAAAAGCUUUUUCUAUUCUUUUAUUAACCGAUUUAUGUAUAGGAUUCCAUUCUCCCCAUGGUUGGGAACUACUGAUUGGUUCUGUCUACAAAGAUUUUGUUAAGGGAAAAAGAGUGCAGUGCGUAUAUGCUCCCCCUCAUGACCACAUCACUUCAUAUUUUUGA